CUCUAAACUACACGGCGCACGCUGAUUGGCUGAGGUGCAGCGUCGCCACCAGCGGACCAAUCAGCGUGGGCCACGGUGUGAUCUUUUUCGAUCUACUUUCUCUGGGAGACGCAGCGGCAGUAGUCGGCGUGUUGCUAACAGAGGAGCCCGUUCAGAGAGCAGCUAAAACCAUGAGACCGCUUUUACUUGGAGUGCUGGGCUGCUCUUUGGUCCUGUCCGUCCAAGCUUUUUACUCAGCUAGUGAUGAUGUUGUUGAGCUCACCCCCUCCAACUUCAACAAGGAGGUGAUCCAGAGUGAUAGCCUGUGGCUGGUUGAGUUUUACGCUCCCUGGUGUGGCCACUGUCAACAUCUCACUCCUGACUGGAAGAAGGCGGCCACUGCCCUCAAGGGUAUUGUCAAGGUUGGUGCCGUAGAUGCAGACCAGCACAAGUCACUGGGUGGCCAGUAUGGCGUCAGAGGUUUCCCCACCAUCAAGAUCUUUGGAGCUAAUAAGAACAAGCCAGAGGAUUACCAAGGUGGACGCAGUAGCCAAGCCAUCGUGGAUGGAGCCAUGAACUCUUUGCGCACGCUGGUGAAAGAGAGGCUGAGCGGCAAGUCUGGCGGCUCUGGCUACAGCAAACAGCAGAGCGGCGGCGCUGGCAAUAAGGACGCUGUGGUCGAGCUCACUGAUGACAACUUUGACAAGAUGGUGCUGGAGGGUGAUGAGGUGUGGAUGGUGGAGUUCUUCGCCCCCUGGUGUGGGCACUGCAAAAACCUGGAGCCUGAGUGGGCAGCUGCAGCUUCAGCUGUCAAAGAGCAGACCAAGGGCAAAGUUCGCCUCGGAGCUGUUGAUGCUACUGUACACCAGACUGUGUCUAGCCGCUACGGGAUCCGUGGAUUUCCAACCAUCAAGAUAUUCCGCAAAGGUGAGGAGCCCGAAGACUACCAAGGAGGCCGCUCCCGUGGAGACAUCAUCGAGAGGGCUUUGGAUCUGUUCUCUGACCACGCUGCUACUCCUGAGCUGCUGGAGAUUCUCAGUGAAGACCUCUUCAAAAAAACCUGUGAGGACAGUCAGCUGUGUGUGAUAGGCGUCCUGCCACACAUCCUGGACACAGGCGCAGCAGGUAGAAACGGCUACCUGGAGGUGAUGAAGAAGAUGUCUGAAAAGUACAAGAAGAAGAUGUGGGGCUGGCUGUGGACUGAGGCUGGAGCUCAGAUGGAGCUGGAGGCCUCCCUGGGUAUUGGUGGAUUUGGCUACCCUGCCAUGGCCGCCAUCAACACACGCAAGAUGAAAUUUUCUCUGCUCAGGGGUUCCUUCAGUGAGACUGGCAUUCAUGGUUCGUCUUCACAUUUAGGGAGCUUUCUGUGGGUCGUGGCUCAACUGCUACAUUUGGAGGUGGCAACAUGCCCAAGAUUCACACAGCUGAACCGUGGGACGGUAAAGAUGGACAGCUUCCUGUGGAGGAGGACUACGACCUCAGUGAUGUAGACCUGGAUGAUGACUUGGAUAAAGAUGAGUUAUGAUCCCAAACAGGAUCUGAUCCAGACUGGCUUGGUCGGAUCUGGUCUGGUCCUGUGUGACUCGCCUCCCUUCUCCUGUGGACGAAUGGGAGGCCCAGUUGCCCAGUUACUGAAAUAUUCCAGAAAAGACACAUAAGAGACACCUGCAGUUUCUCACAUCAUCUACGUCAGUCAC